GGAGAUUUAAAAUAAACCUUUAAAAUGCUUCCCAGAGUACAAGAGACUUUUGGCAGAUACAGACUGAGAGCAAACAUAUCAAGGAAGAAUGAACAAGCUGCAGAAACUGGUUCAAAGCAGGGUGCUGAUUCUAACAGUAUGUGCUGCUGGGAUCGGAGGGACAUUCCAGUAUGGCUAUAACAUCUCCAUCAUCAAUGCUCCGACUACAUACAUUCAGACGUUUAUGAAUGAAACAUGGUUGGAACGCACAGGUGCACCCCUUGAGAACAACGUGAUAUUGCUUUUGUGGUCUUUUAUUGUCUCUGUGUACCCUUUGGGGGGGCUCACUGGAGCUCUUGUUGCAGGACCUAUGGCAAUCAAGCUGGGAAGGAAGACAUCCUUGUUGGUGAACAAUGUUUUUGUGAUUAUAGCUGCAAUCUUGUCAGGAUUCAGUCGAAUGGCAAAAUCUUUUGAAAUGAUCAUGCUCAGCAGAUUUUUUACUGGGAUCAAUGCAGGUGUGAGCAUGAACAUUCAGCCCAUGUACCUGGGGGAAAGUGCUCCCAAGAAGCUCAGAGGAGCAGUGGCAUUAACUUCUGCAUCAUUUACAGCCUUGGGGUUGGUGCUAGGACAGGUUUUUGGAAUUAGUGAACUAUUAGGAGGAAAGGAGAGCUGGCCUCUUCUUUUAGCUAGCAAUGUGGUGCCUGCUCUGAUCCAGAUGGUAACUCUGCCCUGGCUCCCUGAAAGCCCAAGGUACCUCUUGAUUGACCGAGGGGACAAGGAAUCCUGCAUCUCUGCAUUGCGGAAACUGAGGGGCAGUGCUGACCUGAGUAGCGAGAUAGAAGAGAUACUAGCAGAACAGGCUGCCAUCAAAGGUCAGAGGGCAAAGAAGCCAUGGGAGCUGUUCCAGAAUCCGGCCGUCAGGUUGCAGCUGAUCAGUAUCAUUGUGCUGAGCAGUGCCAUGCAGCUCUGUGGGAAUGACUCGAUGUAUUUUUAUGCUGGCUAUGUGUUCCGGGAGGCUGGAAUUCCAUAUGACAAAAUCCAGUAUGCCAUCAUCGGCACUGGGUGCUGCGAACUCAUCACAGCUGUUACUUGUAAUAUGAUUAUUGAGCAUGCUGGCCGGAAGUUGCUGAUCCUGGGAGGAUAUAGCUUCAUGGCAGUCUGGGCCAUCGUUUUUAUGGUUGCUUUAUCCCAGCAGAGUCAAAUUAGCUGGAUGCCCUACCUCAGCAUGGCCUGCAUUUUUGCCUAUAUCCUGAGCUUUGGAAUUGGGCCAGCUGGUGUGACAGGAAUUUUGCCAACCGAGAUCUUUGAUCAAAUGUCCCGCCCAGCUGCUUACAUGAUCUGUGGCUCUCUACUCUGGUUCAAUCUCUUUCUGAUUGGAAUGGCCUUUCCAUUCAUUGUGGAAGGCCUUGCACAUUUCUGCUACCUUCCAUUCUUCAUGGUUUGUGUCUGCACUGCUCUCUAUGUUGGCUUUUUCCUUCCUGAGACAAAAGGGAAGUCCUUCCUGGAAAUCACAGAGGAAUUCAACAAGCGUAACUUCAAAACUCAGAUGCACGAGAAUCUUUGGAAAGGGCCUGAGGAAAUCAAAUCCACCAUGUUAUAGCUUGGGAGAUACAGAUGAGGCUGAUGCCUGGAAGAUAUGCUGAGAGGUUACCUUUUUCUGGUGGGGUAGACACAGAAAAUAUGGGGUCAGGCAGAACACACUCUUCUUGGGUCUAUAGUAGAAAGCUUUUAUAGUAAAGCAGAAGUUCAGUUGAUCUUUCUUGCUGACUUUAUUUGUAAACUCAAACUGAAACAGCUUGCUGUCCCCUUCUCUUAGAACACAAGUAUUAAUUUGUUCUGCAGUGCCCCUUGCCAUCUCUUGGGAGCACCAACAGUGAUGUGCUGCAUUAACAAACCAUCUUGAAGACGUCUUGAAAAAUUACAGGUCAAGCUGUGUGUUCAGUUUUCAUUUCAGAAUAGUUUGCAAAGAGCUAAUACAUGAUUAAUAAGGAGCAAUAAGUAAGUUACAAGCAGGUAUAGCAGAUGUUAUUGUCACAGCUAUGGAAGGUAUUAGAGAUGGUUAAUAGUCACCUAUUGACUGAACGUUUAGUUAGCCAUGUAUUUAAAGUGUUCAUUAUUCUUUAAUCCUUUACAAACUAUUUAUAAAUGGAACAUUAAUACACAGUGGGUGCAUCUACAUGUGCAAUGAAUGCACCCAAUUAAACUUAAGCGCAAUUUGAGCUGGAGUAAAUGAUUCUGACGUCACCUACACAUAGGUUUAAGUGCAGUAAUUUACUCUGCUGUUCGAUAGUACUUGUGUCUGAUGGAACUAUCCAACAAUGCUAUAAAUUAAUCUACACCGGCCCAAUUGCCACAUGUGUAGAUGGUGAUGCUUUACUGCACAGUAAAUUAGUCUAUUGCACAGUAAAGCGCAUGU